AUGAGCUCAAUCGUUCAGGGUUUCACCAAGUCCUUAGCCAUGACUAUUCUCUCUGAGAUCGGCGACAAAACCUUUUUUGCUGCUGCGAUACUUGCUAUGCGGCAUCCACGACGUCUAGUCUUAUCAGGUUGCUUAUUGUCUUUGACUGUGAUGACCAUUCUAUCUGCUCUUGUUGGCUGGGCUGCUCCUAAUCUGCUCUCUCGUACUUGGACUCAUCAUAUUACAACAUUUUUAUUCUUGGGGUUUGGACUUUGGUCCUUGAAAGACGCAUUAUUUGAAGAAGGGGAUACUGAAGAAUUGGCUGAAGUUGAAGCUAAAUUGGAUAAAGAUUGGAAGGCUAACAAUGGAGCUACACAAAAUAACAAGAAGGUUGAUGAUGCCGCAAAAAAGCAGCAGCGGUCAUUUUUAUCUCAGUUUUUUUCUCCUAUUUUUCUACAGGCAUUCUCUAUCACCUUUUUUGGCGAAUGGGGUGACAAGAGCCAGCUAGCUACCAUAGGUUUGGCUGCAGAUGAGAACCCAUUUGGUGUGGUUCUUGGAGGGAUUCUGGGACAAGCAUUGUGCACCACUGCUGCUGUUGUUGGAGGGAAGAGUUUAGCUUCUCAGAUAUCUGAAAAAAUUGUUGCACUCUCCGGUGGAAUUCUUUUCAUUGUUUUUGGAAUUCAAUCAUUCCUUUCUCCUGUUGAAUCAUGA